AUGUUAAGAAAACAUGAAGGAGGUGGACAUGAUACAGAGACUCCUUCUCUGCUCUCUCUUCAGCUAGAAGGAGCAUAUGGACAGGCGAUGUUGGUUGGAUCUGAGUUUUCAAGAGAAGACACGCUGUCACCUCAUAUAUCAGGGUCCACAGGUUUAGUCGGAGAAAGUACAGAUACUCUGAUCAAUCUACAGGAUGUGCCCUCCGAUUUAACUCCCUCCGAUUUAACUCCCUCCGAUCUAGCUUCCUCUGACAUUUUAGCCUCCGAUAAUCCUGCCUCCGACCAAGCUAGAAAUGAGAAUCCUGAACCAAGAUCAGAACUUCUUUUUCCUGAACUCAUGAAGAAUGAUAAGGAUGAGAGGAUAAAAAUGGUUCUCACUCGUCGAGCAACAGUGGAAGAGCAACCAGAACUUUCUCAACAAGAAGAAACUGUUCAAAUGUUUGAAACUAUGUAUGGAUCAGUUUAUGAGGGAGGUGUUCUUAAUGAGAUAAAAAUAGCUGAGGUUGUGGAGAUCCUUGGAGAACAGAUUGAAGAGAGUACAGGAUUUCAGGUAGAGGAUUCAACUAUAACAGCUGACCUGGUUGAUGUUGGUUGUGAUGCUGAAGUAGCUGAGUUGACCUGUAGGGAUAGAGAAAUACAGUCAUACCUGCCUAGUAUACAACCUCCUUGGAGAACUCAGACUGAAGGACGGGAUUUUAAACUUGUGGUUCAGGAUUGUGGGGAUCAGAAACCAGAGUUAAAGUGGGAUAAAGGUAGAACUGAUACCUGGAGCAAGGAUGAAGAGAGCACCUGGAGUCCAGAUAAAGUUACCCCCUGGAGCUACCAGGAACCGGAGGAAACCUGGAUUAGAUCUAAGUUCCUGGUUGAGCGGGUUCCUGGCAAGGAUUCUGUAUCAACAAACCCUGAUUAUACUUUAAACCAUCCAGACCUAACACAGGGGUCUCUUCAUCUGCCGGCUGAACUAUGGGCGGAUACAGAUAGUUCAUCGCCGGAAAUUUGGCAAAAAAUGGCGGUCCAGACUGUUGCAGACAAAUUUAGUGCGGAACUUUGGCAAGAGAUGGCAGUGCAGUCGCCGGAGAAUACUAUCUACUCCGCUAGCACUAAUAAGAAGAAGGAUAGAACCAAUAUUAUGCAGAUAAAUUGGAAUCAGACAAAAGACGACAUUAGGAGUGAUCUAGAACAGAAAUGUUUAUCUAAGGCGGCCACGUUUCCCCGGUUACAGCGACGAGCAGAUAAAUCUGAGUUCUUCUUUGAACAGGAGGGAACAGAAUCAGAUUAUGAAACUUUAAGAACUUCAGGUGCAGAAGAUACAGAUCUAGAAGAUGAAGAUACGAGUCGUACUAUUCAGGAGGCUAUCCAGCACCAGGCACAUCAACGAUUACCUUCACAGGAGGGAAUAUUCCAAAUUAACAAUGAACAGAUUCAUAUCCAUCCGCAAUCUUUUCAGAUAGGGAAUAAAGAUAAAGGAUGCAAGUUACCCGAGGGUUUUGUAACUCCUGUUCGAAUACCAUCAAAUAGGAGUAUUCCUCAUGAUAAAGAACGACACUCCCGAAUAUCCCGGGGACGAAAUCAGCUCCGAGGUCCCUUCGGAGAACUCCUGAUGGAGGAGAUGGCUAAAUCAGGAUCCAGAUCCAGCCCUUCUAAAUCCUCCCCUUCCUCUUCUCUCCUUCCUUCAUCUCCUACCUUCCCCCUUCUCCCCUCCUCCUCUCCUAUCCCUUCCCCGGGCACCUACCAGUCUUCUAUUAUUUCAUCCCUUCUAGCUCCACUUCACAAUUAUAAUAAUUCUGAUUGUAUUGAACCGGUGAAAACUGGAAUUUCAAAACCGAGAUUCUUCCUGAACAGAUCUGAGAGCCUGGAUCCACAAACACAACCUUCUCACUUCAACAUCAAUCCUACACUACAAUCCUCAUCUUCAUCAGCAUCCUCAAUACAGUCCUUUCAAACUAGCAUUUCUAAACAGGUAUCUAGUCCAUCCCGGAUUGAAUUCCAGGUGCUGGGAGACGCAUAUAGGGGAAAUAUUCCCCAGUUUCUGGGUGCUGGGGAAAAUGUUCAAGAAAACCGGGGAAUUUUAGGGGAAGGGGCUCGAGGAGGGUUGUCUUCUGUACUGAGGAGAACUUCAGAAAUUAUUGGUGCCCAGGUGGGGGCAGGAGGGGGUCAAGAAACACUUAUCAGGGGGGAGAAAGGUGGUUCUGCUUUCAGGAUUAUCAAGAAACGAAUACAGUUCAAUUAUACGCCUCUCGCUCAACAUUUGAUCGAUACACACACGGAGUUCUUUAUCAUCGAUGAUCUUCCAAAGGGUUAA